GUGCAUAUUGCUUAAAAUCAAGGAAGCUGAGGAUGCAAUUAUAGCAUCUGUGCAUACGAGGAAUCACAUAAAGCUGAUAAGAAAUAUUAGCUCUAAGAAGUUCGAUUCUCGACGUCUGAUGAUUGCUUCGAAGUUGAAUUCUAUUUAUUUUAACGAGGGUUCUUCUAAGGCAGCCUAUCUUGCUGCAGGAACCGUUAUUGAGGCUACAGAGAAUGUUGCGAAUGGGAAUCUGGAUUCUGCCAUUGCUGUUGUUAGGCCUCCUGGUCAUCAUGCAGAAGCUAAUGAAGCUAUGGGUUUUUGCCUCUUCAACAAUGUGGCAAUUGCAGCAUCCUAUCUCUUGAAUGAGAGAGCAGAAUUAAGUAUGAGAAGGAUAUUGAUUGUGGACUGGGAUGUUCAUCAUGGCAAUGGUACUCAAAAUAUGUUCUAUAGUGAUCCUCGGGUACUUUAUUUCUCAGUACAUAGGUACAUUUUCGUUGUUCUAACUAUGCAUUUAAGAUGAACUAUCUUGUAAUUU